ACAUGGCGACGUUUCAGGCGCUGAACGUCAACUUGGUGAAAUAUGUAUGCUCUUGUGGAAAAAAUCACCCUGUUUGCAGGCUGUAUUUGUGUCGACAUUGUUUGAAGUUGAGAUGUGGCGAUUGUGUUCUCCACGAAGUGGACACACCAUAUUGCCCCAAUUGUCUGGAGCACAUGCCAUCAACAGAAGCAAAGCUGAAGAAAAAUAGGUGCAGUAACUGUUUUGACUGUCCAAGCUGUGGUCAUACUAUGACUACCAGGGCCACAAGUCAGGUGGUCACCAACCCCGAUGACCCCAACAAGACCACUUCAAAAAAGGUCUACUACCUAGCCUGUGGUUUCUGUCGCUGGACUACCAGGGAUGUAGGCAUUAUGGACAAACCACAAGCCAGUGGAUGCUGGGAAGCUUUGGAAAAUCCAGAUUCAAAAAGGAUUUUCUCUCUUUUGGAGACCUACCAACAGCUUGCUCAGCGAGAGAAGACUGAAAAGGAAAGAAAGAAAUAUGUGAGGCGCCGCAGUUAUCUGAACUAUGCUGCUAGUAUGGAUAAGUAUGGGCUGACAUCUGUAGCUGCAAAGAAGAAAGCAUCAGUGGGAUCCAGUAUGAGUACCCUGAAAGAAAAUGAAGAGGCUGUUAUUAAGUCAUUCUCCCGUUCGGAGCCUGUUGUUGACUUUGAACCCCUGCCAGAAGACAUCUUCACAGAACCAGUUGUACUUGACAAAAUUGCCAGUAUUGGGCAGAGACUUGCCAGUCCAGAGUUCCAACCAGAGAAUGCGGGGUCUUUGUAUCCACGUCACAAGCAUCUACUGAUCCGCAGAUCACUUAGGUGUAAGGAGUGUGAACACAAUUUGAGCAAGCCAGAAUUCAAUCCACUCUCUAUCAAAUUUAAAAUCCAAUUGAUCGCAUUAUUGCAUGUCCCAGAGAUAAGAAUUUUUUCACCUACAGAACUCAAAUGUAAAAAGGAGUGUAAGGUUGUGUUGUCUGUAUGUAAUCCUGCUGUUUACAACACUACCAUCAGUCUUCUACCAAUAAAGGAUCAAGAUGACUUUAGCAACUCAAAGGUUGAACUGCCAAAGCAAGAAGUGGUUAUUUCAAGCCGGGAUGAUGCUGCAAUAUAUGACGAUGGUAGUCAGGGACAGGAGGUGUUUAAAGAUGACCCCAGCAUUGUGAAGUUCAGAAGAGACAACAAGAUUGGAAUAAUAAUCAAAGUGACCCCAGGAAUCGAGGAUGGAGAUGUCAAGGUUGGUUUCUGGUUGAAGCAUGAUUACAGGAAUACAGCCAUUGCUCUGCCAUCAGAAGGUCAGGAGCCUCAGACAGUUUGGCUUCAGCACCAAGUUCACCUCAAUCUCGGUCCACUCAGAGUCACCAAGUGAUAACAGAUAAUGUGGAUACGGUCUUGUCUUGGUUCUGUGGCCUGAAGAUUUCCAACUAAAUCAAGCUAACAAAUCGUGGUGUAACUUUAUCAAUGGACAGAAAUCUCUGUUCCAGAAAGAGCUUAUAUGAACAAAGACAAUGUUUUAAGUGAGCUAUUGUGAUCACCUUUUGGCCGUCGUCAUACAUCAUUCAUUGUGCUUUGUUAACAAUUUACAUUUUUUGCUUUUUCUCAAUAACUGGAAGGUCCAGAGUUCUAAUAUUGGGACUGUAGCAUGACGGGAUGAAGGGCUACAAGUUUCUUCAAAUUAAUGACCUUGACUGACUUUCAAGGUCAUAUAUAGGGGUCAAAUAUGUUAAAAUUUUCAAAAGACUUCUCAAUAAGUCCCAGAGAUCUUGAUAUUGGGCUUGUAGGGAUGAAGGGCUAGCAAGUUUGUUCAAAUGAAUGAUCUUGACAAGCUUUCAAGGUCACAGGGGUCAUAUGGAUGAGUAUUUAUAUUCAUUGUAAUUGGAAAUUUGUUGUCAAGGAGGUUUAAUAUUUGUCAGAGCCAUAAGAGUUCCACUUGUUCAAUUUUUUGCAGUGUCCUUUAAAUCCACAUCUGAUACCACAAUACUCUGCAGGCUUUAAUCUGUAUGCUAGAUAUUGGAUAAGAUAGUUCUGUUAAAUUUGGUCAUUCGUUAAAAAUAAAAAUUCAACUCAGGUGACCGUUAAGGCCUAUGGGUCUCUUGUUAUUUUCCAUUUUCACAUCAGCUUAUUUAUUUUGGUGAAGGCUUCAUUCAUAAUUUGUAUGUGAAUAUGUCUUACAUAAACAAUAUUACUGAGAGAACAUAUGUUCACCUGGUAUAUGUCAUUGUUUAUUGGUGGUAUGUUUUUAAAAUUGAUGCAAAAAACUUUUUCUGCAAUCAUCUGUAAAAUGUGGAGCUUCUUCAAAUCGACCAUGUAUGGGACAUGAACAUCUAGCCAGUUUAGGGAAGGUUCAGUAUGCAGAAGUGAACAAUGUUGACCUGUCCAGACUCAUGUAUAAUUGAUCUGCAUGGUUACAUUCUUACCUUACAUGAAUGCUGCACAUGUCUAACUGAGUACAGAAAGAAACUCUAUAGAGUAAAUGUAUUUUGAUAAAGUUUAGAAAAAGAAACAAUGAUACGUGUACCGGUAUACAAUAUGUGACUUCAGCAGUUAUGGCAUUACGCAAGGUCAAACAUUUGAUAAAGUGAUGGUUUCCUUAGUAUAAUGAAAAUACCUUUUAAUACAACGCUUAAUGUUUCCAUUUUGUACAUGUUAGAGUAACAUGAUCCAAUGACUUUGCAGCUUUCUAGCUUUUUUUUCAAUUUGUCUAAAGCCCUUACAUGCUUCAGUGAAAAUGAACUACAAAUGACGAAAACCUACCCCUGAAACGAGGAGACUAGCUUUACUCAGGCAUAUUCAUAGUGAGCUGUGUAUGAUGGAUGAGUUCAUUGUAGAGAGAUCUAUAGGAUGUAGCUUAUUGUAAACUUUUAAUCCCUAUCAUUAAGUGAUAUACUAAGCUUGGUCAUGGAGCACACCUGUUAUAAAGAAUCUGUGUGAAACAAAACAGAAUCUGUGUGAAAGAAAACAUUGUACAUGUCAGUAUUUUAUUCCUACCAAAAUGAAGACUUUGUGGAAUCAAAACUAUGAAACAUCUAAAUGAGUGAUUAUAUGUCCAUGGCUCAUACAGAUAGGAAGAAUCCUUGAACUUGCUUGUUAAGUCAUGGGAAUUUCACAAUACUGCUUAAAAAGUACACAAAUUUAUAUUUCUGAUGUUAAAAUGAAAAACCAAGCUUAAUAUUUAAAAAAAAAUAUUCAAAGAAAUCUCCAAACUUUUCAAGUAUAAAGUGAGUUAUUAAGUUAUUACCUUCCGUAGAGCUAUAAUGUUCACAGAAAAUUGUUGGACAGAAAAUAUUUAUUAAUCUGGUUAGAACAUUAAUGUGUUCAUACAAGUUAUAUACAUGUAGGUUUUGUGGAAAUGAGGUGUGUCAUUGCUGAUGAAUAAAUUGAGUUCAUUAA